AUGCCUAGAGAUAGAAGAGACCGUUCUCUCUCCCUCGAUACAUCUCGACUCUCCCCUUUCCCUUACAGCUCCGGCUCCAAACAAUCCCUGCUCGACAACCCUCCAGAGGACAGCAGCAACACGAACACGAAGCUAUGGGAGGACGCCAGGUGUCCCGUCUGCAUGGAGCACCCCCACAACGCCAUUCUCCUCAUGUGCUCAUCCCACGAGAGGGGCUGCCGCCCCUUCAUGUGCGACACUAGCUACCGCCACUCCAACUGCUUCGACCAGUUCCGCAAGUCGUUCGGCACCGAGCCCCCCCCACCGGACCCCUCUGAGGCCCCGGAAAAGCCGAAUCUGGUCUGCCCCCUCUGCCGGGGCCCGAUCACCGGGUGGGUCGUGGUGGAGCCCGCCAGGCAGUUCAUGAACGCCAAGUCGAGGAGCUGCGCGUGCGAGUCUUGCGACUACAGCGGGACCUACAAGGACCUGAGGAGGCACGCGAGGUCCGUGCACCCGCUGGUGAGGCCUGCUGACGUGGAUCCGGAUAGGCAGCACAGCUGGCGGAGGCUGGAGAGGCAGAGGGACCUUGGGGACCUGCUGAGCACCUUCCGCUCGUCGGUGGCUGAAGAGAGGAGGGGGGAGGAAGGGGCGUUGACCAUAGACGAGGGCGGCUGGCUGACCGUGUUUUUUCUGGUGAGGUUCAUCGGUCCUCGGAGAAGUUCGGAGAGGUCGGGUGUUUCGAGGGGGCGGUCGUUGAGGAGACUGUGGGGGGAAGCUUAUGAUGAGGAAGCUGAGUCGGGAGGUGAAGAGGCUGCAGAUGAGGAGGUGGAUGGGCCGAGGAGGUAUGUGAGGAGGCGUCUGAACCGGAAUAAUCCUGAUAGCCAGUGA